UUGGACUUGGCGCUCCAGCCUCCAUUUCACUGACAUCCUCUAGUGGCAUUUCCGUUAUUUUCCCCAAAACUCCUGACCCUUUUCUUCCUUCCCCUUCUUCCUCCUCCUUCGCUGCCUUCCCCAGCACCUCCGCUCACUUCUCAUACCUCCUAAUUUCCGGCCACUCUCUCUCUCUCUCUCGAAAUUGCCGGUCACUUCUCCUGCCUGCCUGUAAUUGUAAAGCCUCUCAUUUCUCGAUUCCGAUGUGUUUUCGUUACUCUGAGAGCACCCACUGCUGACGAAUGGGUUGCGUGCUCGGAACGCGGGCGGAUGGCGAAGGCCGACGGUCGGAUUCCGGAACUCAGGAUCACCGUCCUCGCGCUAGCCAGCGACAUUCUGUCACUGACGGAGGUAAUGCUGUUGUGGUUAGGAAGGAAGGGGCGGCGAGGGAGAUGGAGGAGCAAGGGACUCGGCGUACCGGCGAUUUCUCUGGGACUGUUCCGGCUCUGGAGAGACGGAAACUUAGACUUGAUCCCUACGCUAAAACCGAACAUGGUUGGCCGUUGUGGUUGAUGGAUGUGGCUGGCGAAGCUAUACGAGAUUGGUCUCCUCGUCGCGCCAACUCGUUCGAGAAGCUUGCUAAGAUUGGGCAAGGGACUUAUAGUAAUGUAUACAAGGCUAGGGACCUUCUUACUGGAAAGAUAGUGGCACUAAAGAAAGUUAGGUUUGAUAAUAUGGAGCCAGAGAGCGUGAAGUUCAUGGCAAGAGAAAUUAUUCUGUUGAGGCGGCUUGAUCACCCCAAUGUCUUAAAACUUGAAGGUUUAGUUACUUCAAGAAUGUCAUGCAGUCUAUACUUAGUAUUCCAGUAUAUGGAACACGAUCUCGCAGGGCUUGCAGCUCGCCAAGGUGUUAAGUUUAACGAGCCUCAGGUGAAAUGCUAUGUGAAGCAAUUACUCUCUGGCCUUGAGCAUUGCCAUAGUCGAGGUGUUUUGCACCGAGAUAUCAAGGGUUCCAAUCUGCUCAUUGAUAAUGAAGGAAUCCUUAAAAUUGCCGAUUUUGGCCUCGCCGCUUUCUAUGAUCCUGAGAAAAAGCAGCCUAUGACAAGUAGAGUUGUCACCCUUUGGUACCGGCCUCCUGAGCUUCUUCUUGGGGCUACACUCUAUGGUGUCGGUGUUGACCUUUGGAGUGCUGGCUGCAUCUUGGCAGAGCUGCUUGCUGGGAAGCCAAUCAUGCCUGGCCGAACAGAGGUUGAGCAACUGCACAAAAUAUUUAAAUUAUGUGGGUCUCCAUCUGAGGAAUAUUGGAAGAAGUAUAGAUUGCCAAAUGCUACACUCUUUAAGCCACAGCAGCCUUAUAAACGUUGCCUUUCAGAAACCUUCAAAGAUUUCCCACCUUCUUCUUUACCUCUAAUAGAAACUCUCCUUGCAAUGGAUCCAGAUGAUCGUGGCACUGCCUCAGCUGCUCUUUGUAGUGAAUUCUUUGCAACUGAGCCCUAUGCUUGUGAACCAUCAAGUUUACCGAAGUAUCCUCCCAGCAAAGAAUUGGAUGUAAAACUGAGAGAUGAAGAAGCAAGAAGGCUAAAAGCUCAAAGUGGGAAAGCUAACGCUGUUGAUGGUGCUCGAAAAGUCAAAACACGUGAUCGUGGUCGGGCCAUUCCAGCUCCAGAUGCCAACGCAGAAUUGCAAACAAACAUAGAUACGGUUCUUAUUGGAUCUGUAUGCCCCAUUAAGCAAGAUUUCGUGUUUCUCAAUUUUCAGAAGUGGAGAGCUGUGACCCAUGCAAAUGCAAAAAGCAAGAGUGAGAAAUUUCCACCUCCACAUCAGGAUGGAGCUGUUGGAUAUCCAUUAGAUUCAUCCCGUAAAGCGCCUGUUUCCUUUGGUGGCACUGAUGCUUCCUUUGGCUCAGCAAUAUUUAAUUUAAAAGUAUCAGGACCUGUUAGAAAUCAUGCUGCUGCAAGACCUCACGGAGGGAGGAAAACUAGUAAAGCAGACUCCCAGAUGGCGUCAUCAUGGAAAUUUAUGCGAGCCUUCAAGCCAUCAUCAAUAGGCCCAUCAGUGAACUUAUUAUUUCGGAGCAAAUAAUCAAUUUCUGUAGCUUUUGGCAUCCUAGAAUGCGAGCCUUCAAGCGGCGGUUUGUUGAUUCAUUUUUCCUCCUUCUUGCUCUCAUUUUUGGUGUCUUAUUCUAUCUGAAGUAUCUGAUUUAUACAAUGGAGAUCCUUAGAUUUGUAUAUUAAGAGGAUUGAAUCCCACUGCUGUAUAGUUUCUGGGAGCUUUAUUAUCUCCAUGACCUUCAAAGUGUCAGUCUAAGUUAGGGAGAACAAAUAAAAAAGGAUAUUUGCAGGGUCAUUUUAUGCAUAUUAUUUAUCUGGCUUUU